UCGGCAUUUGUGUCUACGUCUAUUUUAUGCAAUGACCCUGGCCAGCGUUUAGCGCUGACGCUCGGCCCCGCUGGCUGCUGCGCAUUGUUCGUAAUAGUAACUGCCAGACCAGGCGACGGCCACAAGAGUUUCAUCAAUCUGAUUCUGAAUAGCGAUGUUGGAGCAUAUCAGUAGGUCCUUGUAGGUCCCUUGAAUUUCAAUAACCUAACCGCGAGACUUCAUUUCUCACACUGCAAAAUAAAUAACCGGGCUUCCAUACGGUACAUGCGUGUGAACCACAAAGUAUCACAUAUCUCCGUAUGUCUGGAAAACAUCAAUCGCUCAUGAGCAGCAUAUCGACCUCUGCAGGAAGGAAUCGGGGGAGACUCGUACAGCCGAUCCCACGGCUCCGGGAAUCACAAGCCAAGAAAGAAUUCGAUAAUCUAGUGCGUCCGACAAGCUCAGCGCUCACUGGACGGAUAACGUACGAACCUGUCGAAUCGUCACUCCGUUGCUUUUUUCAGACAACGCUUUCUUGUACAGAGACUGCUUUGCAACGUGGACAGAUAAGCGACCUUUAUCAAGUUGAUUUCACAUCUUCGUGCACCGUCCUCAUUCGCUACGGUGCAAGUAUGCAGUGUGCUGGUAUCAAACAGGAGAUCACGAUUCGCCUUGCGAAGCAAGUCUUUGCAUUCCUCUGGAAUGCAAAGACGGGGCACAAGGAGGAUGUGACAUGGAUUGUGGGGAAAGAGACAGGCUUGGGAUAUCGGUGCAUGGUGUGGCUCAUCGGCGGCGGCGUCCCUUAUAUACUGCAAGGACUUGCAAGUGCAUCGUACAAGUAUGUGGUUGUUAAUCAGUGAAUCACCUUGCG